GUUAUGUAGAUCAUGAGUAUAAAUUGAACGCGUUUUUAAUAACAAACCAUUAUCGAUCUUGAAGUAGUUCGGUAAAGGUAGAGAAAAAGAUGGCACUUUUAGCUCUGGUUGUGUUGGGAAUUAGUUUCUAUGGAAGCUGGGGAUGGGAACGUCUCCCAGAAAUUCCGAGUGGAAGAAGAUCAGAAUUUUAUGUUCUUCAUGAAAGUGGUCAAUACAAGUAUGGGUAUGAUACUGGGAAUGGAAUUGCUGCCAAACAAUCUGGAGAUGCAGCAAAUCAAGUUGAGGGGCAUUAUUUUUAUAACACACCAGAAGGGAAGAAAAUUGAUUUACAAUAUUCAGCAGGAAUACAGGGAUUUGUACCAAAUGGAUUAAAAAGUGAUAAUCAACAACCUCCUUCACCAUCAACUCCCUCAGAAAACAAAAAUACUUUAGCUUAUGGUUCUUUAAAUACUGAUGGUUCAUAUAAAUUUGGGUUCAAAACCGAUGAUCAAUCAAGAGAUGAAUCAGGCGAUGCUAAUAAUAAUGUAAAAGGAAAUUAUUCUUAUAAAAACUCAGCAGGAUCCCAUGACUUAUCUUAUGUUGCUGGGUCAGAAACUGGAUUUAAACCAACUGGGGGGAGUUUAGCUAUUCCCAAUGGUCUUCCAAGUGCAAUGAAUAACAUGUCUCCAAUUAAUAAUAACCCAAUAGGAUCUAAUCAACAAGCACCAUCUCAAGGAAGCAACACAAAUACUUUAGCUUAUGGAUCUUUGAAUCCCGAUGGUUCUUAUAAGUUUGGAUUUAAAACUGAUGAUCAAUCAAGAGAUGAAUCAGGUGAUGUUAAUAAUAAUGUACAAGGAAGUUAUUCUUAUAAAAAUUCAGCAGGAUCUCAUGAUUUAUCUUACGUUGCUGGGUCAGAAACUGGAUUUAAACCAACUGGGGGGAGUUUAUCUAUUCCAAAUGGACUUCCAAGUGCAACGAAUAACAUGUCUCCAAUUAAUAAUAACCCAACAGGAUCUAAUCAGCAAGCACCAUCUCAAGGAAGCGACACAAAUACUUUAGCUUAUGGUUCUUUGAAUCCUGAUGGUUCCUAUAAGUUUGGAUUUAAAACUGAUGAUCAAUCAAGAGAUGAAUCAGGUGAUGCUAAUAAUAAUGUACAAGGAAGUUAUUCUUAUAACAAUUCAGCAGGAUCUCAUGAUUUAUCUUACGUUGCUGGAUCUGUGACUGGAUUUAAACCAACUGGGGGGAGUUUAGCUAUUCCAAAUGGACUUCCAAGUGCAAUGAAUAACAUGUCUCCAAUUAAUAAUAACCCAACAGGAUUUAAUCAGCAAGCACCAUCUCAAGGAAGCAACACAAAUACUUUAGCUUAUGGUUCUUUGAAUCCUGAUGGUUCAUAUAAAUUUGGAUUUAAAACUGAUGAUCAAUCCAGAGAUGAAUCAGGCGAUGCUAAUAAUAAUGUAAAAGGAAGUUAUUCUUAUAAAAACUCAGCUGGAUCUCAUGAUUUAUCUUACGUUGCUGGAUCUGAGACUGGAUUUAAACCAACAGGGGGGAGUUUAUCUGUUCCAAAUGGACUUCCAAGUGCAACGAAUAACAUGUCUCCAAUUAAUAAUAACCCAACAGGAUCUAAUCAGCAAGCACCAUCUCAAGGAAGCAACACAAAUACUUUAGCUUAUGGAUCUUUGAAUCCCGAUGGUUCUUAUAAGUUUGGAUUUAAAACUGAUGAUCAAUCAAGAGAUGAAUCAGGCGAUGCUAAUAAUAAUGUACAAGGAAGUUAUUCUUAUAAAAAUUCAGCUGGAUCCCAUGAUUUAUCUUAUGUUGCUGGGUCAGAAACUGGAUUUAAACCAACUGGUGGAAGCUUAGCUAUUCCUAAUGGUAUGAAAGGUAUACAAAAUAAAAUCUCGGCUGUUUCUAAUUCACAACCAAUUUCACAAGCAAGAAUUGGCAUGCCAAUACAAGAUACUAAAUUUAGUCAAAAAUUUGGAAACUUAGUCGUUCAUACUUAUUUACCACCCAGUAAUGAAAAACAUAAAUUUGGGUAUAUUUUUGAUACAAACCAUUAAAUAAUUUUGUAAUUAUUAUUUAUAAUUAUUUAG